UAUCCGUCUUCGUGAUACAGAAACGAAGUUCAAACCCAAGUCUCCAUACAAGUCUGCAGUUCUUCUCUCUUAGUCAGUCGCCCACCCACUAGUGUUUCUUUCUUUUCCUGGUAUUCCUCUUGUGCAUUUUUCCGGAAUCGAACGACAAAACUUGAUUUUGCAGUCGAUAACCAUGUAUGAUCCGCAACACUAUGUAGAUUUGCAAGAUAAUUCGGGUCUCGGUGACCCAAAAUCAUGGCUUUCCAGGCAGGACGACGACUCCUCCCCGACUCACCUGCAAAAUCAGUCGUUACUCUCGUCGAACGGAGAUUUCGAUCGGGUGCUUUUCAACAACCUCGUCGAGAUGGUCCCUCUCGUCCAGUCGCUCAUCGAUGGGAAAGCAAGCACUUCAUUUACUCGGCGUGGUUCGAUGGCCUACACCAAGACCCCCUCGAGGGAAUCCUUAUACAGAAAAGUGGAUUCUAAAGGAAGGAAUGCAACUCACUCUAUUCCUGUGAAAAAGAAAAAGGACCGUGGGAACUUGAGUAAAACUGUUAGCAAUGAUCAUGAUGCUGACAGUUUUUCAAUAUUUUCCUCUAUGGCUUUGGCAUCGGAAAAGGACCAGGAAGAGUUGGUUGCUUCGAGGGAACAAGUGGAGGAACUGCAGAGGAAGUUAUUAGAGAAGGAUGGCCUUUUGAAGUCAGCAGAGAUCUCAAAGAACCAGAUGAAUGAUGUUCACAAAAGAGUUGACGAACUGAAACACCUGGCUGCAGAAAAGGACUCCUUAAUUAAGUCUACUCAAGUACAACUCUCUGAUGCAAAGAUUAAGCUUGCAGACAAGCAAGCUGCACUGGAGAAGUUACAGUGGGAAGUGACAAUAUCUAAUCGGAAAGUGGAGAAGCUCCAGGAAGAGUUAUACUCUAUGCAAGGGGAGAUCUCAUCAUUUAUGCUUGUCUUUGAAGGCUUGGCGAAAGAUGGUUCAACUGCAUAUGCUGAUGAUUAUGAUAUCACACCAUAUCGUUUUGAGCAUCUUCCUUCCAUUGAUGAUUUGGAUGACAUGGAGCUACAGAAAAUGGAAGAAGCAAGAAAAGCUUAUGUGGCUGCCGUCACUACUGCAAAAGAAAGACAAGAUGAGGAUUCUAUUACUUCUGCUACUCUUGCAAGACUUCAUCUCCAGUCAUUUCUUUUUAGACCACAAGGAGGUAUGCAUACUGGCAAAUGGCCAUGACUUCCCCAGCACUGAGAUUUCACAAGGUCACUUUGGAGCUACCGCCUGUUUGGUUCUUCAUGUUUUGAUACCGGUUGCUUACGUUGAUUAACCCGACCGCCAUAAUCUUAUAUUCUUUCUUUCAAAUGGUGAUUGUAAUUUCGAAGAUAUAGGCACAAUUGAUCGAAUCUCGUAAAUCUUGGUGUUUUAUUUUGAUUUGCUUUAUUUUUUACCUUAAUUCUCUAUUGGUAUCAUUCCCAACAGCCGCCAGAGAGCGUGUGCAAGUGAGGACCUUUGAGAAGAGACGUGAGUAGAUUAUAUAGAAGUUGGAUUUGUUUUCUUGGUUGACCAUAUAAAUAU